CCCUGCCAGGAGGCCAUGAUGGAUGGCACAGAGAUCGCUGUCUCCCCGCGCAGCCUCCACAGCGAGCUGAUGUGCCCGAUAUGUCUCGACAUGCUCAAGCACACGAUGACCACGAAGGAGUGUCUCCACCGCUUCUGCUCGGAUUGCAUCGUCACCGCCUUGCGCAGCGGGAACAAAGAGUGCCCGACCUGCCGGAAAAAGCUCGUCUCCAAGCGCUCCUUGCGGCCGGACCCCAACUUCGACGCCCUGAUCUCGAAGAUCUACCCCAGCCGGGACGAGUACGAGGCGCACCAGGACCGGGUGCUGGCCAAGCUCAACCGCCUCCACAACCAGCAGGCCCUACGGAGCAGUAUGGAGGAGGGGCUCAAGAUGCAGGCCAUGAACAGAGGUCAACGGGUCCGGAAGCAUCCCCAGGAGUCGGACAACACCACCUUCAGCGGGGCAGAGGACAACUGUGACAGCCGGUCACACCUCAGCAACGCCUCCGCCCCCAGCCAGCCCGAGGCCGGGCCCAGCCGAAAGCGGUCCCGGGCCUCGGACGAGUCGUGCCCGGAGCCAGAGACCUCGCACGAGGGGGGGCGAGGGAGCCCCGAGCCAGGAGCCGAGCCCAGCAGCAGCGAGAUCGAGCUGGUCUUCCGGCCGCACCCGGUCUUGGUGGAUAAGGGGGCCUACUCCCAGACCAGGUAUGUCAAGACCACGGCCAACGCCACGGUGGACCACCUCUCCAAGUACUUGGCGUUGCGCAUUGCCCUGGAGGAAGCCCCCGGCCCGGGCCCUGAAGCACCCGCCCUGGAGGACGUCAGUGAGAAGCAGUACACCAUCUACAUCACCACCGCGGGCGGGGCCUUCACGACGCUGAACGGAUCGGUGACCCUGGAGCUGGUGAACGAGAAGUACUGGAAGCUGAGCAAACCCCUGGAGCUUUACUACGCCCCCACCAAGGAGCAGAAAUGAUCUCCGUACCACCACCCCCAAAGCCCUUCUCCCCCCCCCCGCAGCUGCCAAGUGGUUGGAAGAUGGCACAUCUCCGUC